CGGCCUGAAAGCGAGCCAAUCGCGCAGCCCCAGCCGCUGCCAAUCAUCGGGAUCUGUCCAAUCCCUCCGGUGCCGUGUCCGAGCAGUGUUUCCCACCGCGCUGCUGAAGUGUGUGGUGAGGGCUCUGCCAAUCGCGGGCGGCCAGAGCGGGACCGGGGAUGCGCGGAGUUAGGAGCGCAGACAAAAGAAGUUAAAGAGCCGCUUAAUAUAUACAUGUUUUUGAAGGCGGGUAGAGGGAAAAAAAUAACAACAGCGAGCGUAGAUGGGCUUGGCUGUGUCGUUAUGGAGCCCCCUUUGAGCAAGAGGAACCCGACACUGAGAUUAGCGGAUUUGGCAGCGUCUCAGCCCCAACCUCACCAGAACAUGACAGGCUUCCCGGGGCUGGGGAACCACCACGUCCACCCCCACCACGCGGCCCACCUCCACCCCGGGGACGCGGGCGGCGACCCCGGCGGUGCCCUUACGCCGCUCGGACCCGAGCACAUGGCGCAGCCCUCCGCCCUCAAGCUCACGCCCGAGGCGCUCACCGCCGCCGCCGCCGCCUUCGCGCACCCGCCGCCACCACCGCUGCCGCCGCCACUGCUGCCGCCGCCGCCACUACCGCAGCCGCCGCCGCACGCGCCGCCCGCCGUCCUCCCGGGCUACCCGUCGGGUGGGGGGGCGGCAGGCAGGGACUUCCUCCUGCGGCGGGAGCUGCCCGCCGCCGCCGCCGUGCACGGGGCGCUGGGCGAGCAGCACCCGCCUGCCAGCUCCCCUCACCUCCCUCACCCGCCGCCCCACGGCGUCUUCAUCUCGGCCGCUGGCACCUACGGUGCGCCCGACGGCGCGCACGCCGCCUUUCCGCCGCCGGGUGAGCAGGGUGCUCCCGCCGGCCGCCACCCGCCGCUUAACGGGCAGAUGCGCCUGGGGCUGGCGGCGGCCGCCGCCGGGGAGUUCUACGGACGCGCCGAGGCGCACUAUGGAGCCGCUGCUGCCUCCUCCUCGGCGCUGCAGGGCUACGGCUCAGUCAACCUCAACCUGGCAGCAGCGGCGGCAGCCGGCCACGGGCAUCCGCACCAUCCCCACCACCACCACCAUCACCACCACCAUGCCCACGUCGGGGCGGCGGCGGCCGGGGCCUUUCUGCGGUACAUGAGGCAGCCCAUAAAGCAAGAGCUGAUCUGCAAGUGGAUCGACCGCGAGCCGCCUCCGCCGCCGCCACCGGGCAAUAGGAAACCUUGCUCCAAAACCUUCAGCACGAUGCAGGAGCUGGUGAGCCAUGUCACCGUGGAGCACGUCGGUGGGCCCGAGCAGAACAGCCACGUGUGUUACUGGGAGGAGUGUCCCCGGGAAGGCAAGCCCUUCAAAGCGAAAUACAAACUCAUCAACCACAUCCGAGUGCACACGGGAGAGAAGCCCUUUCCCUGCCCCUUCCCCGGCUGCGGGAAGGUCUUCGCCCGUUCAGAAAAUCUCAAGAUCCACAAGCGGACUCAUACAGGGGAGAAGCCCUUCAAGUGCGAGUUCGACGGCUGCGAGAGGAAGUUCGCCAACAGCAGCGACCGCAAGAAGCACUCUCAUGUCCAUACCUCCGACAAGCCCUACUACUGCAAGAUCCGCGGCUGCGACAAGUCCUACACCCACCCCAGCUCCCUGCGGAAGCACAUGAAGAUCCACUGCAAGUCCCCGACGCCCUCUCCACCUCCAGGCUCCCAGGGCUACCCGGCGGCCGGGACCCCCGACGGCCCCCUGCCCCCCGAGGCCGACCCAGCCUCUGAGCCACCCCGCGGCCGCGCCGCAGCCCUAUCCCCACCCGUCACCAACCUCAGCGAGUGGUAUGUCUGCCAGGCCGGGGGUGCUCCCCGCCGGCCCCGUACCCCCGCCAGCCGCGACACCUCCCCAGCCUCCGAGGAGGACGAGCCCCACAGGACCUCGGGGGGCAGAACAGCUUCCUAGGGAGCCGGGCCAAGCCGUGCUGCGCCAAGCCGUGCCGUGUUGUGCUGAGCCGAGCCACGCUGCCGGCGGCCCCGGCUCCACCGCGCUGGCACGGGGGCUGGUGUGGAAGUGCCGUCAGGUUUGGCUCGCGCUAUUUAUUCCAUGUACAAAACCCUAUGGUGUUUGUACGGUAACUAAUUUAAUUAAAGAGACUUGGAUUAUUCCCCCCC